AUGGAAGAGUCCAUCGCCUCGGGCACUCCAAUGGACAAGGCCGGCGCCUAUGCUGUCCAGGACACCGGCUUUAGACCAGCUACCCUGCAGGGUGGAUGUUAUACCAACGUGGUGGGGCUACCUCUUUGCCGGCUUAUGGAGAUGCUGGAAGAACUGGGCUAUCCUGUGCCCUCCGACAUGCCGGAGUCAGUGGGCGGGCAGUGUUUCGGACAUUGCCCGUUUAAAGGAUCCGAGGCGGAACAGAAAUGA